GCAAAUAUCAUCAUCGUCAUUAAUUGAAUCAAAUGUUGUUUUCAUCAAAACAAAACAAAAAAAUUAUUCAACUAUCAAAAACUAGUGAUAAUAACACCCAUUUUAUUAUUGUUUUUAAAUUUGAUAAUAUAAUCAAUAAUGAUGUCGUCGUCGUCGUCGUCGUUAUCAUCUUUGUUUUUACCAUCUUUAUUCAUUAUAAUUUCAAUGGUAAACAGUGAAAAUAUUGAUGGCCAAAAAAAAGAAAUACUUUAUCGAACAUUCAAAGUAUUAAACGUUCGAAAUUCUACUGAUUAUUCAAAAACACAAUCACUUUGUACUAUUGAUCUGUUUACAUCUUCAUCGAAUCUGUCAAUUAUCAAUGAUAAUGAUGAAUAUAGACCAUUUCGACAUCAUAUGUUGAAUAAUCUUUGUGAUCCACUUUCAUCAUCAUCAUCAAGAUUGAUACCAAAAAUUUUUAAUAAAAACAAUGGUGUUGGUGGUGGUUAUCAUUCAUUUGAUUAUCGUAUAGAUUGUUCUAUUAGUAAACAAGUGGAAAAUUUUCUAUUACCAUAUAUGAAUGGAUUAAAUGAUGAAUUUCCUGCAGGAAUUUUAUUCGUUACACCUUGCCAGGUGAAUAUUACUGCCCGUUUUAAUAUUACAAACAAUGUCAUUGAAUUGAUGGAAAAAUAUAAUCUAACCAUUUCUGUGAUUAAUAAGAAUAAAUUAUGGAAUAUAAAUCUACAAAAUUAUAAUCAAUUACGAUGGCCAAAACAAUCGAAACAACAAUCAUCGGUUAUAUCAUUUAUACCGAUGAUUUUUAUAUUUUUAAUUGCAUUAAUCACAAUAUCUAUUGGUUCAUAUUGGAGUGGCAGAGUUCGUUAUGAAAUCUAUCAAUGUUCAUUGCCAAAUAUUUUACCCAUUAAUAAUGGUGAUACGAUCAUCGUCGUCAAAAGAUCAUCAUCAUCAUCAUCAAGAAAUAAAAAUGAACAAGCAUUUACAAAUAUAUCACUAUGUUCAGUUAUAAUAUUGGUCAUCUGUAUGAUAACAGCAUUAUUAUUGCUGUAUUUUUUCUACAAAUAUCUUGUAUAUUUCAUUUUGGCAUUAUUUCUGAUCACAUCGAUGACAUCAAUGUUUAUAUGUUUAGAAUCAUUCGUACAAUGGUCAUUUCCAUCACGUUUAUUACAGGCAACAUUUAUGAUACCAAGCUGUUUAUGGUGGCAAGAACAACGGUUAAAAUUUAUGGAUAUGAUUGUAGCGAUUAUAAGUAUAAUAAUACCAGCAUUUUGGUUCACAAUACGUCAUGAAUCGGAAAAUGCAUGGCUUUUACAAGAUUUAUUGGGAUUUUUUUUCUGCAUCAACAUGUUACGAACAUUACGGCUGCCAUCACUUCGUAUUUGUACAUAUUUAAUGUCCAUCCUGUUUUUAUAUGAUAUUUUUUUCGUUUUCAUUACACCAUUGUUUACAUCCAAAGGUCAAUCGAUAAUGGUUGAAGUAGCCACCGGUGGUAAUGGACCAUCAUCUAAUUCACCAAUGAAUUAUAUGGAAUAUCGUUGUGAAGGUACACCAGUGGAAACAUUACCAAUGUUAUUUCGGGUACCACAGAAACUAUUCCAAUAUGAUCCUACGGAUUUUUAUGAUGUUUGUACACGUGGUUCAGAUUCAAUGCUUGGAUAUGGUGAUGUUAUGAUACCAGGCUUGUUGAUAGCAUAUUGUUCAGCAUUUGAUCGUAUUGAAAACAUUCCAUAUCAUCUUUAUUUUUCCAUAUCAUUAAUUUCAUAUUGUCUAGGAUUAAUUGUUACAUUCACAGCUUUAAUCUUUAUGGAAGGAGCUGCACAACCUGCCCUUUUAUAUCUUGUACCAUUCACAUUGAUUCCAUUAUUUAUUCUUGCCUUUAUACGUCGAAAUUAUCAUUCAUUGUGGAAUGGACCGGAAAAAGUUUCAUUAUCAUUGAUUUUGAAUGAUAAUGAACAACAACACUGA